AUGAGCCGACCGAGAUCUGUUGGAAUUCAGCCCCAAAUUGCAGUCUAUUCGAUUGCGUUGGGAGCAGCUUGCGCUUAUGCCGCCUACAAUGAAAGAUAUCUACGAGACCAAGAAGACCUUGAUGACAAACUGCGAAACAGAUAUUUGGCCAAUAUGCAAGAGGCGAAAGACAAGACGCCCCAAAUGACACAAAAGAUCCGUGGACAAGACAUGAAUUUGGACAAUGCCAUGAACAAACUAGUAUGGGGAGGAAAGGCGAAGUUGCCGGAAACCAAGAGUGUGGCUUCAGCGAAAAAUGAUGAUGAGGAGGAAAAGAAGUCAAGUGGAGAGGAUGAUUCCACAAGGGGGCCUCAAAAACGCAACAAGAAAAGGAAGAAAAAGAAAAACAAGGUGGAUGCUGCCGAAUUAGAGGUCAGAGAACAAGAAAAACAGAAACUGGUUUUGCAGUCCUUGGCGGCAGGAGUGACAAUAGGUGCGGCAGCAGUAGCUGCCACAGUCUUGGUAGGGAGCAAACCGAAAUAA